AUUAUCACAAGCGUUGACUUUUUACAGUCUUUCUAUUGACAUAUUACGCUUUUGUUUUAAAGAUUUUGAAGGCGUCAGUGUCGUAUUUUACGAUGCUCGCAUCCUUUCAGUAACCCAUCGCUCCUAACAUUCAGCAAUCAUGAGAUAGCACUGAUAUUUUAUUUUAUACGUAUUAGCAUAAUACUUCUAAUUCUGCUGUUAUAAUAAUAUGCUUUUGGUAAUGUAUGAGUUAUUUGUAAUUUCUACCUAUACAUCUCUUUGACGGACUUACUGCGUACUAAUUGCGGAAACUUGCCUGAACAUCGAAGUCUCAUUGUAAGCGUAAGAUUAGUUUUUCCAACUAAGACUAUUCCAAAUAAGACCCUUCAAUCAAGUAAGACGAUGUUGUUCAUGCAACUACCGCAGUUUCUUCCUUUUCAAAGAAAAGGAAUUAUACCGAUGGAUACAUGUCAUUCGGGGAUUCCACGUACCUACUAUAUUUCGUUGGAUAGUCUGACAUCGCUCUUCUCUGUGAUAUACUUAGAAUCAUGGAAAUAAAUGCUACUUCUGUCAAUUUCCGAACAACGUAAUGCAUAAAGUAUUUUUGCAACAUUUGAUUGACAUCUGUAAUCUUAUUACUCGACUCUGUGCGGUAGAGCUUCUCAAAAAGAUAUGGAUCUACCUUAUAGUCGUUAUUACAGUACCGCUUAUAAGUUAUCAUCGAUCGCCGGUAUAUGGCCAUACCUCAAGCCAAAAACAAAAUUAUUUCGCCUCUCGCUAGUGCUAGUGGCUACGGUAACUGUGUUAAUUCCGCAGGUUGCGUAUCAAUAUAUGUGCAAACUGGGACUAAAAUGUACUGCUCAGAAUUUGGCAUUAUUUAUAGUGUCAAUUCUAGUCGUAAUAAUGAUGUAUACGUUUCAGUCAAACGCUCGUAUAAUCAAAACGCUCACGGAACAUUUGUUUAUUGACUGGGAAGAAUUAAAAGAUCCCGAAGAAUACAAUAUUAUGAAAUCAUAUGCCGAAAACAGUAACCGAUUCUCUCUAUUAUAUACGAUUUAUUGCUUCUUAACGACGUAUCUAUUUAUAUUGAUGUCUCUUGAGCCGUUUAUACUCGAUAUCAUAUUACCUCUCAAUGAAUCCCGUCCUAUACUCCCGCCGUAUCCGUCAUACUACUUUGUAGAUACUGAAGAAUAUUUUUUUCAAAUCUUUUUACACACUAUUAUGGUCUGGACGUUUAUUGUAAUUGGAAUACAGGCUCAUGAUUGCAUGUUCAUUACUUAUGUCGAGCAUAUUUGUAGCUCGUUUGCUGUGGUUGGAUAUCGCUUCGAACAUUUAGUCUCUAAUGAAACAAUAGGAAUUAAGAACAUUUGUUCAGAUGACGAAUGCUGUAAGAGAGUUGCUUGGUUUGUGGAUAAACAUCAAAAGACUUUAGAAAUGGCACAAUUAGUCGAAGACAUUUUUAGUAUACCUUAUAUUAUGCAACUGCUUAUGGCAACAAUAGGAAUGAGCAUUACCUUAUUACAGAUUACGCAAUACAACGACAAUGGCUUGGAAACAUUAAAAUACGUGGCUUACGUUGUUAUUCAAUUGAUACAUUUAUUCAUCCUUAAUUUCAAAGGACAACAGCUGAUGGAUCACAGUCUUCAGAUGCGCGACAGAAUAUACAAUAGCUCUUGGUACAACGUAUCCACGAAAUCACGAGAGUUGGUUAUGAUGGUGAUGAUGAAGAGUCUUCGGCCGAGUUUCAUUAGUGCCGGCAAAAUUUACAUUUUCUCUCUGAAGAGUUUCAUCACGGUUGUACAAGCAUCAAUGUCAUAUUUUGCGAUGCUCUCGUCUUUUCAAUAGUUCAUGUUAUUCCACUGCGACCAGUAAUUACGUCAUGAUGCAAAUAUUUUAUGAAAUAAACGAUCAUAAUAAUAUAAUAUAAUGUAAAUCAAAAUAAAUCUGUUUGUUCCGCCAGGAAAGAUUAACAGUAACUCUUCUUUUCUAUCGACACCAUUGGCAAUUUUAUUGAUGAUCACAAAUCACUACGUUUCGACCACCAGUUCUGGUCCUUUCAAGUGUAUAAAUGCGAAAUUUAAAUAAUAUUAUAAUGUCUUUUUUACCAGAAAUAGACAUUAUAAUAUCAUUUAAAUUUCGGAUUUGUACACUUGAAAGGACCAGAAUUGGUAGUCGAAACGUAGUGAUUUGUACAAUGGUGUCGAUAUAAAAGAAGAGUUACUGAUAAUAUAAUGCAUAAUACAACACUAUAAUAAUAAAGAAUCUAAUAAAAUAGUCAUCUGCAUUCAUUACUACUAUUUCGUUUAUAGAAUAUAGGCAUAUAUAAACAUGUUGUUAUAAAGUGGAAAAUUAUAUUAAUACAAUAAAAUUCAAUAUAAUAUA